CGGGGCCCCGGCCUGGCCGCGUCGGCGAUAACUCCCGGUGGGCGCCGUGUCGGCCUGUGCAGGCCAGGCAGCAGCAGGCGAGCAGGCCCAGGAUGGCUGUCCGCGGCGUGGUGGCGCCGGCCCUGGCGGCGACCGCCUGCGUGCUGCUGGCCGUGGUCCGAGCCUCGUCGCACCACCGGGUCACCCUGGGGCGCAUGAUGCCGCUGGAGGACGGCGCCGUGGUGACCGGCUCCCCAGCUACAACUAUGGGCAUUUCACUUCGGGUGGUGCGACGGGCAGAGGGCUCGCACGCACCGGAGCACCCCCUGGGGUCGUACACCAGGCCGCCGUCGACGACGGCCACGCCCCCGCACGAGGACGGUGGCGAGGAGGAGGCGGCCACCGCGAGCACGCCCACCAACAACGACCACAGCGAGGACCACGAUCACGAGCACGAGCCGACGGCCGCGCCGGACGACACGAGCUCGCCGGACCCGGAGCGCCGCCGUGGGGCUCGGCUGCAUCGGCGACCCGCCAAGAACACUAGCAGCAGGACCGCCGAGGCGACCAGCGCGCUGCGGAUCAACAGCGCGCCGGCAGCACCGCCAGCACCACCAGCACCGCCAGCAGCACCAACGGCAGCGGCCCUGGCGCCCGGCGACGACGGAGUCGUCCGGAAGGCCCUGGUGCGCGUCAUGCUGCUGCCGCACAAGGGCACCGCUUCGCCCCCGGGCCACGCCGUCGACGACCUGGCCCUCCGGAGCAGUAACGACGACGACUGGGUGGACGAGGGCGAGGCCAGGGCCGUACACACCGGCGCGCACCACCCCCACCUCAUGCGCGGCAGGCUGAUACCCGAGGAGCCUGCGCCGACGGCCACGACUGCGGCCGCGGCCGCGAGGCCCCACGACGCCAAGCCCAUCUUGCACAUCUCGUCCUCGCACCAGCUCCGCGUCAUGGCGGACGACGAGGGUGGCCGGCCCAACCUGGUGCUGUCGUACGACUCGGACCAGGACUCGGCGGUGGUGAUCUCCUCCAAGCGGCAGCACGUCGAGAUGCGCGGGCCCAUCUCCAUCGGCAACCUGGGGCCGUUCGGGCCCGUCCACCUCGGUGGCGCCGCACCCUCCAGUCACCUCAGCCUCCACAAGGCCGCGGACACCAACCAGACGCACCGCCACAAGCUCGUCUUCACCAUCGAGCGCAGCGGCGAGCACGACGGCGCUGCGGCCUCCAGCUCCCCCGAAGGUCACUCCCUCUCCCUGCAGGAGCUGCUCCACUCGCCCGUCGCGCUGAACUUUGCGGUGCCGCUGGCGGUGUCCUCCAGCGCCCCCAGCACCACCCCGGCGGCGACAGCUGCCGCGCCCGCCGACGCCCAAGAGGCCCCCGUCGGCAGCGGCAUCAUCGGCGAGCCGUCCCUGGACCAAGUCCAACAGCAGACUGGACCGCCUCUGCCGAUCCCGUGGCCCUGGCCCUGCGAACCCAACUGCCCCCCGGCCCAGGCGACUGCGGUGCCGGAAGUCCAGCCGAACGGGCGUGACGUCCCCACGAGGCCUGUCGAGACGCCGCCAGUGACCAGCGGCCUCGUCCCCAUGGGGGAUGACGCCAUGCAGCCCCCGACACCCGAGCCACCUUUCGAGGGCGCCCCGGGCGCCUCAGGGUCGUGGGCCGCGGCCGCGCCGCUCGGCGCCAUGCCCCUCGGGGCCAUGCCGUUCGGGUCCGUGCCGUACUCGGCCGGGGCCAAGAGCAGGAUGAUGCACGGCAGGCUGCUGGACUCGGAGCCGCACCACGACGGCCACCCCUCCGCCGACGAGGAGGGGCACGAGGGCGCCGCGGGGCACGACCUGGGCCGCGCCAUGCCGAAGGAGAGCAAGGCGGAGGACGAGGAGGGCAACGCUGUGCGGCUGGCCAAGGAGGGCGCCCAGCGGACGCGGUCCUGGGCCCAGGCCCGGGGCAGGGGUGCGCACGCCGUGGAGCUAGCAGCGCGCCACCUGGCCUCCAGGAUGCUCAGGAGGACGCCGAGCACCUCGACGGCGGCGGCGUCGUCCUCGACAGUGUCCUCGACGGCCCCGCCCGCGCACUUGAUGUCCUGGCCCGUGCUGCCGUCCUUCGACUCCCACCAGGACAAGGCGGCCGUCAUCCAAUUAACAAGAACCGCGGGCUGA